ACAACGCAGCGUCAACUUAAGCCAGGCACCGUUCGCCUCACUCGAAUCUCGACUCAACUCCAAUUGCAAUCGCCUCGGCUUCAUCAACCCCAACCCCGAUUGUCACCACGAAUCCGCUGCCCGCAUAGCAGCUUGACCUUUGAUAGCUCGCGCCCCGCCAUCCAUCAUCAUGGUGUUGAACGUCUUCCGCGUCGCUGCGGAUUUUUCCCACCUGGGCAGCAUCUUCAUUCUGCUGCACAAGAUGACCCAGAUCAACAGCUGCUCCGGCAUCUCCUUCAAGUCCCAGGCACUCUACAUGUUUGUCUACGUCACUCGAUAUCUCGACAUCUUCUCCACCGAUAGCUUGUACAAUUUUGUCUUCAAAAUCCUCUUCCUCGGCGCCCAGGGAUACAUCAUCUAUCUCAUGACCAACGCGUACAAGCCUACCAACGAUCCCAACGUCGAUACCUUCCGCGUCCAAUACCUGCUCAUGGGUGCUGCCCUUCUCGCCAUAGUCUUCCCAUACAAGUACACCAUCAAGGAGGUUCUCUGGGCGUUCUCCAUCUGGCUCGAGUCGGUGGCCAUUCUUCCCCAGCUGUUCAUGCUGCAGCGAACUGGCGAGGCCGAGACCAUCACCACCCACUACCUCUUUGCCCUCGGUAGCUACCGCGCCUUGUACAUUCCCAACUGGAUCUACCGAUACUUGAUGGAGCCUGCCGACAAGCACAAGGUCGACUGGAUUGCCAUUAUUGCUGGUCUCGUUCAGACGGUUCUGUACUCGGACUUCUUCUACAUCUACUACAACAAGGUUCUCAAGGGCAAGAAGUUCAAGCUGCCCGUGUGAGCUUGAACCAAACUGGUUUAAACAAACCAACAUGUAACACGACAGGCUGAUUGGCCGACACUCCAACUGGAGCUGCAUGGAUGGCGUUGGGUUGGAAGGGUGACAGGGUGUACUAUAUGGCGCCCCCGGCUUGAGGGUUUGAGGCAAGGGCUUGAUUUAAUGGCGAAAAUAGAUUGCAAUUCAAGAGGCUUUCAGUGGAGGUCCCGUUAUGGCGCUCAUAGCCUGCAACGUCGUCGAUGGUUUAU